UGAUGUUUUGGUUUGGUCACUGUCCUGGGUAGGAACUGAAUUAUUUCUAUGGAUUCUACCGGAAUAAGAAUUGUGUGGGACAGGACGUCAUUACGCAAGAAAACGCUUCGUAGGUGAUCAGCUUUACCGGGUUAUAGGAAUUGUGGUCCAUUGAAACAUGCCAAAAAAGAAGACUGGGGCUCGCAAGAAGGCUGAAAGCCGCAAGGAAAGGGAGAAGCAGAGUCGUGCUAACAGGGAGCAUGUAGAUGUGGCCAAGCACCCAUGCAAUGCUGCCAUGGAGUGUGACAAGUGCCUAAGACGUCAGAAGACCAGAGCUUUCUGCUACUUCUGCUUUUCUGUACAGAAGCUGCCCAUGUGUGCACAGUGUGGAAAAACAAAAUGCAUGAAGUCUUCUGACUGUGUGAUCAAACACCCUGGGGUUCAUAGCACUGGGAUGGCCAUGGUGGGGGCAGUGUGUGACUUUUGUGAAGCCUGGGUCUGCCACGGAUCGAAGUGUCUCAGCACACAUGCCUGCACGUGCCCUCUUACGGACGCUGACUGCAUCGAGUGUGAGAGGAGCGUCUGGGAUCACGGGGGCCGGAUCUUUCGCUGCUCAUUUUGCCAUAAUAGCCUCUGUGAAGACGAUCAGUUUGAGCACCAGGCAAGUUGCCAGGUUCUGCAGGCAGAAACAUUCAAAUGCAUUUCGUGUAAUCGCCUGGGGCAGCACUCUUGCCUCCGUUGCAAGGCGUGCUUCUGCGAUGAUCACGCCAGAAGUAAAGUUUUUAAACAGGAGAAGGGUAAAUCUCUCCCCUGCCCCAAGUGCGGGCAUGAAACGCAGGAGACAAAAGACCUCAGCAUGUCCACCCGCACUCUGAAGUUCGGCCGGCAGAGUUGCGUGGAUGACGCAGGCGCUUCAGGUUACGACUCCUACUGGAAGAACCUGGCCUCAGGAGGCGGGGCUGACCAGGACGAAGAGUACGGGGCGGGAUAUGAUGACUAUGACGAAGACGAGGAUGAAGAGGAAGACGAGGAUGAAGACGAAGAGGAAGACGCAGACACCGAGGCGGCUGGACCCUUCGCCGCCCUCAACCUCAACCCUACAUAUUGAGAGUGAACCUCUGCAGAGAAAUGGCUUUACACGGAAGAAACCGUGCUGUGCUUUUCACUCUCCAGUAAUCACAGUAAUAUUAGCUAAAUCAUCACUCAACAAUGUCUUUAUGUUUAUUAUUUAUGUUACCAGAGCUUAUUUUAAAGUUUGUUUAUCAUUGUGUUCAUCCUGUUUAGUUCUGAGCGGACAUUGUCUAAUAACCCUGCUAUAUUCAAGAGUUUUAUUGCCUUUAAUAAAGAUGGUAGUGAGUAAGAUUAGAAUGGCUUAAUGCAUACUUUUGACAUAAUUUUGUUUCUCCUGAAGGCAAACUGAAAAGCCUGAAUGUAAUGUGAUUAAAUGCAAUUAACUGGUAGACAGGUCUGUGUGGGAGAGAUUAUGGUCAAGUUAUAAUGAAGUUAAAAGCGCAAGUGCAGGAGUACUGAAACAAAACAAAACAAACCGGUUCAUGUCAGUGCUUGUGUUUGCGGAUCAACUCUGUUUGCUAUAUUUUGUGCUGCUGAUAUGAACCUGGAAUAUCAUGGUUAUAGUUUGAACAGUAAUAUGUCUCUUACCAGAUUGAAAAAAUAAAAAUUGGAGUGGUGUGUA